AUGUCGGAGGCGGGCGGGCCCGCGCCGGGGGCGCUCCCGCUGCCUCCCGCACCCCCGCAGGGCCCCCCGGGCGCGGCGGCCGGGGGCGCGGGCUCCUGCGGGCCGGCCGCGGCGGGGGCGGCGGCGGGCGCGACCGAGGGCCCGGGCGGCGGCGGCUCGGCCCGGAUCGCCGUGAAGAAGGCGCAGCUGCGCUCCGCCCCGCGGGCCAAGAAGCUGGAGAAACUCGGGGUGUACUCCGCCUGCAAGGCAGAGGAAUCUUGUAAAUGCAAUGGCUGGAAAAACCCCAAUCCUUCGCCCACUCCCCCCAGAGCCGACCUGCAGCAGAUCAUCGUCAGCCUGACAGAGUCCUGCCGGAGCUGCAGCCACGCCCUCGCUGCUCAUGUGUCGCACCUGGAGAAUGUGUCGGAGGAGGAGAUGAACAGGCUGCUGGGGAUCGUCUUGGAUGUGGAGUAUCUCUUCACCUGCGUCCACAGGGAAGAGGAUGCUGACACCAAGCAGGUUUAUUUCUACUUGUUCAAGCUCUUGAGGAAGUCUAUUUUACAAAGAGGAAAACCUGUGGUUGAAGGCUCUUUGGAGAAGAAGCCCCCUUUUGAAAAACCUAGUAUUGAACAGGGUGUGAAUAACUUUGUACAGUACAAAUUCAGUCACCUGCCACCCAAAGAAAGGCAAACGAUCGUUGAACUGGCAAAAAUGUUCCUGAACCGCAUCAACUAUUGGCAUCUGGAGGCACCAUCUCAGCGAAGACUGCGCUCUCCCAACGACGACAUCUCUGGGUACAAGGAGAACUACACCAGGUGGCUCUGUUACUGCAACGUGCCCCAGUUCUGCGACAGCCUGCCGCGGUACGAGACGGCCCAGGUGUUCGGGAGGACGCUGCUGCGCUCCGUCUUCACUGUUAUGCGGCGGCAGCUGCUGGAGCAGGCGAGGCAGGAGAAGGACAAACUCCCGCUGGAGAAGCGGACUCUGAUCCUCACGCACUUCCCGAAGUUUCUGUCCAUGUUAGAAGAAGAAGUUUAUAGUCAAAACUCUCCCAUCUGGGAUCAGGAUUUUCUCUCAGCUUCUUCCAGAACCAGCCAGCUUGGAAUCCAAACAGUUAUCAGUCCACCUCCCGUGGCCGGGACAGUGUCCUACAAUUCCAGCUCCACUUCCCUUGAGCAGCAGAAUGGAGGGAGCACCAGCCCAUCCUGUCGAGGCGUGUCCGGGCUUGAGACAAACCCAGGAGAAAAGAGGAAAAUGAACGACUCUCAUAUUUUGGAGGAGACCAAGAAGCCCCGGGUGAUGGGCGAUAUCCCACUGGAGUUAAUCCACGAGGUCAUGUCCACCAUCACAGACCCCGCGGCAAUGCUUGGGCCAGAGACCAACUUUCUGUCGGCGCACUCGGCCAGGGACGAGGCGGCCAGACUGGAGGAGCGGCGGGGUGUGAUCGAGUUCCACGUGGUGGGCAACUCCCUGAGCCAGAAGCCCAACAAGAAGGUGCUCAUGUGGCUGGUGGGGCUGCAGAACGUGUUUUCACACCAGCUGCCGCGCAUGCCCAAAGAGUACAUCACGCGGCUCGUCUUCGACCCGAAACACAAAACCCUUGCUUUAAUCAAAGACGGCCGUGUCAUUGGCGGUAUCUGCUUCCGGAUGUUCCCGUCCCAGGGCUUCACAGAGAUUGUUUUCUGCGCCGUAACCUCUAACGAACAAGUCAAGGGCUAUGGAACACACCUGAUGAACCACCUGAAGGAAUACCACAUAAAACAUGACAUCCUGAACUUCCUCACCUAUGCAGAUGAAUAUGCAAUUGGAUAUUUCAAGAAGCAGGGUUUCUCCAAAGAAAUUAAAAUACCUAAAACCAAAUAUGUUGGCUACAUCAAGGAUUAUGAAGGCGCCACUUUAAUGGGAUGUGAGCUAAAUCCACGGAUCCCAUACACCGAGUUCUCUGUCAUCAUUAAGAAGCAGAAGGAGAUCAUUAAAAAGCUGAUAGAAAGAAAACAAGCCCAGAUUCGGAAAGUCUACCCUGGACUUUCCUGUUUUAAAGAUGGAGUUCGGCAGAUCCCGAUAGAAAGCAUUCCUGGAAUUCGAGAGACUGGCUGGAAACCGAGCGGAAGAGAGAAGAGCAAGGAGGCCCGGGACCCCGAGCAGCUAUACAGCACGCUCAGGAGCAUCCUGCAGCAGGUGAAGAGCCAUCAAAGCGCUUGGCCCUUCAUGGAACCUGUGAAGAGAACAGAAGCUCCGGGAUAUUAUGAAGUUAUAAGGUUCCCCAUGGAUCUGAAAACCAUGAGUGAACGCCUCAAGAAUAGGUACUACGUGUCUAAGAAAUUGUUCAUGGCAGACUUGCAGCGAGUCUUUACCAAUUGCAAAGAGUACAACCCCCCUGAGAGUGAAUACUACAAAUGUGCCAAUAUCCUGGAGAAAUUCUUCUUCAGUAAAAUUAAGGAAGCUGGAUUAAUUGACAAGUGA